AACUCCCAACUACCCAAAUCCAACGGGGCCAUAAGACUACAGGGAGUUGCAAUUCCCUCUUUCCAAACGGGUCAAGCAGCAAUGCGAUCACCGUCGUACAACCACCACGUCACGGCGUUUCUCCUCCUCCUUCUUCCUCAUCUCUUCAAUGGCGUCGGAGGGGACUGGACCGGCGACUACUCCAAACUCUCCGGCAUCAUAAUCCCUGGCUUGGCCUCCACGCAGCUCCGCGCGUGGUCGAUCCUCGACUGCCCUUACUCUCCUCUCGAUUUCAACCCUCUCGAUUUGGUCUGGCUCGACAGCACCAGAAUGCUCUCCGCCGUGAACUGCUGGCUGAAAUGCAUGCUUCUUGACCCUUACAACCAAACGGAUCACCCGGAAUGCAAGUCCCGGCCCGAUAGUGGCCUUUCGGCGAUCACGGAGCUCGAUCCUGGCUACAUAACGGGUCCUCUUUCUUCGGUGUGGAAAGAAUGGCUGAAAUGGUGUGUUGAAUUCGGAAUCGAGGCGAAUGCAAUUAUUGCUGUGCCGUAUGACUGGAGGCUGUCACCAUCUAAACUCGAGGAACGAGACCUUUACUUUCACAAGCUAAAAUUAACAUUUGAAACGGCGCUGAAACUUCGAGGAGGGCCCUCGUUAGUGUUUGCCCAUUCACUAGGGAAUCAUGUCUUUCGCUACUUUUUGGAGUGGUUGAAGCUGGAAAUUGCACCAAAACAUUAUAUCCAAUGGCUGGAUCAGCACAUUCAUGCCUAUUUUGCCGUUGGAGCUCCACUUCUUGGUACAGUCGAGGCAGUCAAAGGAACACUUUCUGGAUUAACAUUUGGCCUUCCAAUUUCUGAGGGGACAUCUCGGUUGAUGGUCAAUUCUUUUGCUUCCACGUUAUGGAUGUUGCCAUUUUCAAAGUAUUGUAGGGCAGAUAAUACAUGCUGGAAACAUUUCUCUGUGGAUGUCAAGGACAAGAGUAGUCAUCAUAUUAUCAUCUGUGAUGAGAGGGAAUUUCACUUUAACUUCUCUGGGUGGCCAACAAAUAUUAUUAAUAUUGAAAUUCCCUCAAUUCCUGGUAAAAUUUCGAUCAUGAUGCACUUUUUUGGUUGCGAUGUUGUUUUUCAUAGGUUCUCUUUGCAUCUUAUAUUGACAGGAUUUGGAGCGUAUCCAUCAGUUACAGAAGUAGCUGAGGGCAACUUGUCUAGCAUAGAAUGUGGACUUCCUACCCAAUUGUCUUUCUCUGGUUGUGAAAUAUCGGAUGGGACCUUUUUCAAAGCAAUAGAGGAUUAUGAUCCGGACAUGAAGAGGGUUUUGCAUCAAUUAAAAAAGUUAUAUCAUGAUGAUCCAGUUUUAAAUCCGCUUUCACCAUGGGACAGGCCACCUCUAAAAAAUAUAUUUUGUAUCUACGGAACAGACUUGAAAACUGAGGUUGGUUACUAUUUUGCACCAAGUGGCAAGCCCUACCCUGAUAAUUGGAUCAUUACCGAUGUGAUUUAUGAGCUUGAAGGUUCCUUGUUCUCAAGGUCAGGAAAUCUUGUUGAUGGAAAUGCAGGAGCUUCAAGCGGGGAUGAGACUGUCCCAUACCAUUCUCUUUCUUAUUGCAAGAAUUGGCUUGGACCAAAAGUCAACAUAACUAGGGCGCCUCAGUCGGAGCAUGAUGGUUCUGAUGUGCAAGUGGAGUUGAACAUGGAACAUCAUCAUGAAGAAGAUAUACUGCCCAACAUGACAAGGUUGCCAAGGGUCAAGUACAUAACUUUCUAUGAAGAUUCUGAAAGUAUACCAGGAAAAAGGACGGCAGUCUGGGAGAUAGACAAAGCGAAUCAUAGGAACAUUGUUAGAUCCCCAGUUGUAAUGAGAGAGUUGUGGCUUGAAAUGUGGCACGAUAUCCAUCCCGAUGCGAAAUCAAAAUUUGUUACUAAAGCCAAGCGUGGACCUCUGAGGGAUGAGGACUGUUAUUGGGAUUAUGGAAAAGCUCGAUGUGCAUGGGCAGAACACUGCGAAUAUAGAUACCUAUUCGGAGAUGUUCAUUUAGGACAGAGCUGUAGGUUGAAGAAUUCUUCAGCGGAUCUUCUUUUGCAUUAUUUGUAGAUUAGACGGUACUAGCACGGAACCAUUCAGGUCCCUUGCAGAUAUUUUUGAGAACUGGAGGCACAUACCAUUAACGGUUGAGCAAUUCCCUUUUGUAUCAAGCAAAAAGUCGAGACUGCAUCCCAGAUCUUCAAAAUGCUUGAUGAUUUUGUUGGUAGAAACCUUACUCGACGCCUCAGCUUUGUCUGCAGUCGAUUUUUGCAGCUGGAGGACAGCACUGCUGUAUCUGAUUUGCUUGCCGCUCAGCCCUCCCAAACAGUGUCGCACUGUAGUGUACCUUGUUUACUUGAUUAGUAUAGCUCUUAAAGGAACUACUGAACGACGCAAAGAUAAAGAUGUAUCGAACUAGAGUCUGUUGAUAUUCGAGAUCCAACUGAAAUAGGCAUUAAACUGUCACAUUUACAGAAUACGAUGUUUUUCUUGUAGAUUUUGUAUGUACGAGUCGAAAAUGUUCUUGAGGAGUGACGAUUGAUUGUAGAUUAACGAACUUGUUACGAAUAAAUCAUCUUAUGUA